GUUUAAAUUUAUAAAAGUUUUAUCCGAAAGCCCUUUUGAGAGCUAUAAUUAUCGUAACAUUUUCAAUGAAAAAUAAGACAGUCAACGAGCAAAUGGACAGAAACAGAGGUGGCUGUGCACUGUUGACCAGACGCCGUCCCCCGUGGGUUCGAGAGUUUUUUGCUGAGUUUUUUGGCACGUUUUUCAUUGUGUGUAUCGGUGAUGGUGCAAUUGCCAACUAUGUGCUUAACAAAAACAACAAAACUGGCGUAGAUCAUUUUGCCGUAUGCUUUUCAUUUGGCGUAGGAGUUUUGAUUGGUGUAUCAAUCGCGUCAAAAAUAUCAGGUGCUCACCUAAACCCGGCAGUAACAGUGGCAUUGGCGAGCAUGGGCAAAUUCAAAUGUCGCAAAAUACCCCACUACUUAUUGGGACAGUAUUUUGGCUCAUUUAUGGCCGCAUUUGCCAUAUUCUGCGCCUAUUAUGAAGGCAUUGAUGCAUACGAUGAGGGCAUACGUACUGCCUAUAACGGCACGGCAGCCACGGGUGGUAUCUUCUCCACCUACCCGGCGCAGCACAUCUCGGUGCCGGGCACCUUGAUCGAUCAGAUUCUGGCCACGUUCCUGUUGAUGUUCGCAGUGAUGGCCAUAACUGAUCCAAAGGGUAUCGCCACACCUAAGCAUAUGGAGCCAACGGUACUGGCGCUGGUUAUUACUGGUAUAUGCGUGGCCUUUGGACUCAAUUGUGGCGCUGUGUUGAAUCCGGCCCGUGAUUUAGGGCCACGACUUUUCCAGGCGUUGGCCGGAUAUGGUUUCGAUGCCUUCAAACCACUUAACUGGCAGUACUGGCUGUCGGCGGGUAUAAUAGGGCCACAUAUCGGUGCUAUAAUCGGCGGCUGGACUUACGAUUUGGCCAUCAGUGACAAGACAUAUCUGACCGACGAGGAAGAGGAACAGUUACGGGACAGGAAAGUGGCGGAUCAGGUGGAGCACAAAAUGUCCCCGAUAUAUAUGGGCAGUGAUGUAAUGAAUGAUAGUGCCAAUUACCGAGCUGGUGUGGCCAAUGAUACGGCGCGGCCACUCAUGUCCAACAGUGUAACCAACUAUAUAGAGGACGAGGGCCUGGAGAUUGACCAGAAUCCCAGUGCCAACUGCGGCACCGAUACGUCCGACCCAUACAAUCCGCGCAAUAAGUUGCCUGAUUGA